GACGUCCAGUGGGAGAUGAGGCAGAUGCAUCCGCCCCUGCGGGUAAUGCACACCGUUUUGUGAGGCCACCUGCCCUAUACGCCUUUUUGCUUUUGUUUUUGCUUCGGGGGUCCAUCGUGACGGAUGCGGCGGCAACAGGGCCGGCUGACGUCAAACACUCUGUGGGCUUGGGCCCCUCCUCCUCGCGAGCCCCCCGGCUGUUUGGCCACGCACAGCUGCCGCCCAUGCACCUCGCAACUGCCAAGUCUGUGGGGGACACGUGCCACGGCACCGGCGCCGUCUUGGGUGAGCGUAUUUUCUAUGUUUCUGUGCAGCGCCUGGCACCACAACCCGCCGGACGCAGUUGUGCAAAUGCUCUUGGACGGCCUCAGAGGUGCGAUUGGGGAUCGGGUGCCACAAGGCGCCUGCGUCACGGGCUUACCUCCUUUUUUUUUGGUGGGGGGAACCUAAAAACAAACAGACUACCCGCCCGCACCGCCCCCGCCUCUGGUUGA